AUGACGGUGCCAGCAACAACUGUUUGUGUCGUCGGCGCUGGAGCCCUGGGGCUCGCGGCCACGAAAGCUUUCCUGGACGAUGGAUUCCAAGUGACGGGAUUCGAAGCACGCGAAUACGUUGGAGGGUUAUGGAAGGACUCUCAUGAUUCCACCAUUUCAGUCCAUGCCACAACCGUAUUCAACAGCAGCAAAUGGAGAAUCGCUUUCUCCGACUUCCCCUUGAGCGACGAGGCAGAUAUAUAUCCAACCGCCGCCCAGGUACAUCAGUAUCUCGAAAGCUACGCCGAUCAUUUCGGGCUGGCAGAGAAAUACCGGUUAGGUACAAAGGUCCUUCAAAUGCGACACACGGGCAAGCAGUGGGCCGUCACAGUUCAAAACAUCAAGCCCUAUGAGCAGCCCAGAAUCGAAUAUUUUGAUAAACUUUGUGUAGCGACAGGUGCUUUCCACAAGCCUCGCUGGCCCAAAAUUGAAGGUCUUGAAGGUUUUCAGGGUCAAGUCCUUCAUUCCAUCAAUUUCCACGGGGACCAAAAGUACCCGGAUCAGAAUGUUCUGCUUGUCGGACUGCAUGCAACGGCCCAGGAUGUAUGCUGUGCUCUGGCCAGGCCUGGGAAUGCGAAACAUGUCUAUUUGGCCCAUCGCAAAGGGGUUCUCUUGCUCCCACGCUUCCGGCCAGAUGGAUCGACAUUCGACGCUCAUGGCACUGUCAAGAUGACGUUUAUGAUGACCUUCAUGAACAAAUACUUGAACGCCCCCUUCUGGUGGAUGAUGCAGCGUGUUCUUACCAAACAGUCGCAGGAAGGCUUUCCCGAUGCUCCCGAAGCCUGGCAACUCAGUCCAUCUCCUUCAGUAGUCGUCAGGACGCCGUUGAUGGCUGAUGCCUUGUGGCCACUCCUGAAAUCUGGAUUCGCGGAGCCAGUUUCGACAAUCCGCCGCAUUAGCGGUCCCAAGUCCAUUGAGCUCGUCGAUGGUCGCACGCUCGACGACAUAGACACGAUUAUCUAUUGUACUGGUUACCACUUCAGCCUUCCAGACGGUUUCAUCCCCCAGGAUGACGAUGCAGAAGGAUACAAUCUGUACCCACCUGGCCGUGAAGGCAGAGAGCCUCGGCUUUAUCGUAAUGUCUUCCCAAUGCACGAGAACGAAGAGAUCCGCAACUCGCUGGCGUACCUUGGGCACGGAUACAUUCCCUUCCCCGGCUUCGUUCAGUUUGAAAUGACAGCUGCUGCCGUGAGCCAAGUAUGGAGAGGGCAUUCACCGUUACCAUUACUGCCGCAGAUGCAGGCCUGGUUCACGCAGCAUCUGAGGCGCAGGAAGGCUCUUCAAGACCGCUAUCUUCCCUUGGAGAAUUCAACAUUUUAUCCAAUCCUUCUGGAUAUCACUGACUCCCUUGAGUGGAUAGACCAAACUGCUGGAGCGGGAUUGUAUGAAAACUUGGGUGGCGGUUGGGUCAAUUGGCGCGCAUGGAAGCUAUGGUGGGAAGAUAAAGAGUUCUAUCAUAUUUUGCUAAACGGUAUCUUUACCCCGGCCAUUUGGAGACUGUUUGAGACUGGCAAGCGUCGCGCGCUCCCAUGGCACGAAUGCAAGCAAAUGAUUAUCUCUGAGAAUAAGAGAGCAGAGGCGGAGCAGAGGACGAAGCUAGCAUCUCUGCAGGCAAAAAAGGGAUUUGCGAAGUCGAGUCUUCAAGCAAAGAAACGCAGGUAA